AUGUCUUUCGAUGCGCCGUUGCCCCCAUACAAUGCAUCCGACCCGCAUGCCUCUUUUCUAAACUCGACGUGCUUAGACCUCUUACUCAUCGAGAUUGUCCCAUUGGCGCACCGACUAGCGAAUGAGUUGAGCGUGACGAAUGAGGCUCUGGAUGAUGAAGAAGAGAGGGAGGCCAUGUUUUAUCGCCUCGAGUCGUUAGGGUAUCGAGUUGGACAAGGGCUCGUAGAGAGGUUUUCGAGAGACCGGACCAGAAUGGUUGAUACACUCGAUGUUAUAAAAUUCAUCUGUAAAGACCUGUGGACUAUCGUUUUUAGGAAGCAGAUCGACAACUUAAAGACAAAUCACCGUGGUGUUUAUGUAUUAACCGAUAAUACUUUCCGUCCGUUUGCACGGAUGAGCUCAGAGGCUGGCGGAAAUGCUGUUGCCAGAGCUCAACCUUUCCUAUGGUUCCCUUGUGGUAUUGUUAGAGGAGCACUGGCGAAUAUGGGUGUGAAUGCGAGCGUUCAGGCCGAAACAACAGAACUUCCAGCUGCGACGUUCAAGAUAGAGACAAUAUCUAAAUCCGCGGUAUGA